GCGUGCUUUUUAUGGUCAGCUUAUGACAGAUUCCAAUCAAUAAGGCGCAGGAAGACUGUUGUAUGAUACAGCCAAUAGGAUGUGAUAUUCAGCGUCCUAGUGCUUAAACCGCGCGGAUUGUUUUGUUGGAUAUAGUUGGGAGCCCUUUGUCGUGAAGGGACCAGGAGUCUAGAUAAAUACUUGUCGUUUGCCUCGUCGAUCUGAAUGCUUGGUUCGAAGGCUGUCGAUUCAUCUCGUAUCCGGACGAAUCGUUUUGAUUACACCGAUCUUAUAUUAUCAUCAUGGGUUACCUUAUACGACAGGUCAGUGCGGGAAUCGGCUACGUCUCCGAAACUGCCAAAGCCUCAAAAUCAAAGAAGCAACAGCAGAAACAGCAAGGGCAGCAGCAACAGACGGAAUCUCUUCCACCUCUAGAAGAAACUCAAAGUACGGCCCCAUCGUACCACACAGAGGAAGGGGCAAAUAGCUAUCCUCCUGUCCAUAAUGGUCAACCUCCCAUGCAAAACAGAUAUCCUCCCAUGGAAAAUGGUCAUCCAACACAAGGCGAUUAUCCUCCAAUGCAAAAUGGCUAUCCUACAAUGUACAGCGGCUACCCUUCAACGCAAAGAGAAGUAAACGACUUGCUUCAUCCUACCGAAAGAGAAGCAGACAUGAAAGAAGAAACGACUUAUGAAGUCCACGAAUUCAAACAAGAGCCGGCCACCGAAAAAGAACCCUACGAAGUGGACGAAGACAUUGAACGACAAUGGGAACUGGACGAAGCGCAAGAACAUCUCCGUGGGGUAACAUACCCAACAUACCAAAACAAUCAAGAAGUCGACUAUUACCAGCUAGCGGAUUCCUUUGCUCAAGAGUAUCCAAUGCCUCCCAGUUAUUAUGAUAUGACACUGGAACAGACCGCUCGGCUUGAACAUCCGGUCGUUCUGCCUCAGCGUCGGCCGAAGAAUCGGCAGCGAGGAUUUGUGCGUGCCUAUGCGCCUGAACUGACCAAGUUCGCCAUCGAUGAAGAUAUGUUUCUCAAAUUUGUGGACAAGGCGAAUAAAGCCUGUGUGGGGUCACAGUGGCUACAGGUGAUUAAUUUGGCUGCGACGGUUGGAGGGUACUUUGUUAAUCCCGCAGUCGGUUUUGCAAUGGGGUUCGUGGCCGAUGCAGUUGUUAGGAUCGGCAUGGCUGUCGACGGCAGAAGAAGGUCUGGAAACUUUUUCGACAAGGUUAAUCGUGAUUUCUUCAUGCCGCGUGGUCUCUUCUGUUUGCUCAUGACCUACGCCCCCGAGUCGACGGAGGUAAUUCUCGAUCUUGAUAUCAACAACACCAUCACCUCUGCCAUGACCCCGGGUACUGGCUUCCACAGGAUCCAUCACAAGUACCAGACGGCCAACGCCACAACAAACACAACCUUUGACCAAUUUUCCCCUCUCGUCUUUCCCGAUCUGAAGAAUGCCGAUAAGGAAACGAAGGAAAAGCACAACCUAAUGGUGUCUAGAAUGCAGGGCGGGAUGGCAUCUAUUGGGAAUUACUACGAUAAGAGAGAUCAAGCUAAAUUUAUCGCCAAGGACCCCGGGAGCAACCUUGCCGUGGGCCCCAAGCCCGAAUUUACUUCUAGAUACGCAGACCCCAUGAACAAAGCAGCCAGCGGUUCCCUGCUUGCUUUGACCACCGGAGGAAAAUUCACCGACGACACGAUUCUGGGCUGGAUGGGUAUUGAGGGGCGAUCUGCUCGUGGAGCGAAACCGUCCUUUUUCGGAGGUCUUGCAGAUGCUGCUGUGAGGAAGGCGACUGGAAAAAACGAGGCUGAAAAGGCUCGUGCUGAGGGCCGACCCGUUCCUCACCAGAGUACCAAGGGCUUUGUGGGGGGUGGCUUGGACAAUAUGUUGAAACGGAAAGUUGUAUAUAUGAUGAUUGUCAACAUGCCGAGUGAGGAAGAGCUGCAGCGGGCGAAAGAGGCUAUGGCAUGAUACCCAAACUGUUUUGAACUUUAUCAUUUCCAUAUUUGAUAAUUGAGUCCGAGUUGUUU